AUGUCUGGAUCCGACGACAACGGAAGCCCAGGUGCCCCAGAGAAGGCUGAGACCGGUGGCCAAAGUGAACAUCUCAACAUCAAGGUUACCGAUAACAACAAUGAGGUCUUCUUCAAGAUCAAGCGUACCACCGCCCUCAAGAAGCUGAUGGAUGCCUUCUGCGAGAGACAAGGCAAGGCUCCCACCUCAGUCCGGUUCCUCUUCGAUGGUAGCCGCGUACAACCCACCGACAGUCCUGAAACGCUUGACAUGGCAGAUGGAGACACGCUGGAAGUUCAUCAGGAGCAAAUCGGCGGCGCGAAAUGA